UUGUAAUUAAUAUUAUUCUACUGUCGACCGGCGUAGUCACCUCACCGUUUUUUGUGAUGUUUAAGUUUUUAUUGCUGUUUUCAAGCUUUUACUAUGUGUUGUGUUAUGAAGUACCUAAAGCGAAGUUUCAAGCUAUUUAUCCCAAAGGACUUAAAGUGAUUAUACCAGAUGACGGCUUCUCUUUGGUCGCUUUCCAUGGAAAGCUGAACGAAGAGAUGGAUGGUCUCGAAGGUGGUACCUGGUCUGCAGAUAUACCUAAAGCGGAUAACGGAGAAUGGAUAUUCCGUGAUGAUAAUGUGGAGAUGAAGUUGGGAGAUAAGGUUUACUUUUGGACGUUUGCUAUUAAAAAUGGACUAGGGUACCGACAAGAUGAUGGAGAGUGGUCUGUGGAUGGAUACGUUGACGCAUCUGGCAACCCAGUUUAUGUUCAAGAUGGUACAACCGAAGUGCCAACAACCAUACCUCCCACUACACCUCCCACUACGCCUACCACCACACCUCCCACUACGCCUUCCACCACACCUUCCACCACUCAGGCGCCAAAACCAAAACCAACCACAGAUUCCUCAAACCCUUACAAAUACCCGUGUGAUAUAUCUUUGAGUAAAGUGACGACACCAGGGUUUGUCUGCAAAGGCCAGGUGCUGUUUGAGGAUACAUUUGAUGGUGAUAUAGACAAGGGGAGGAUAUGGACACCUGAAGUUAAAAUGCCUAAUGCACCCGAUUUCCCAUUCAACGUGUAUUUGUAUGAUAAAAAUGUGCGAUCUGAUGACGGAAAGUUGAUAAUAGAACCAAUGACCCUCGAAUCGAAGUAUGGUGAUGGAUUUAUUUGGGAAACUCUAGACCUCACCCUAAAGUGUACCGGCAAAAUUGGUACCCCAGAAUGUUACCGAGAAGCAGCUGGACCCGAAAUUCUACCACCGAUAAUUACUGGGAAAGUUAAUACCAAGCGAAGUUUUGCUUUUAAAUAUGGGAAAGUUGAAGUUGUCGCCAAAAUGCCGCUUGGAAACUGGCUAAUACCUGAGAUACAGCUUGAGCCGCGGUUCAACGAGUACGGAUCGCGCAGGUAUGCCUCUGGUCUAUUGAAGAUUGCACUUGUUAAAGGGAAUGUGGAAUUCGCAAAGAAGCUCAUGGCAGGACCGGUUAUGUCCGAUAUUGAACCUUAUAGGAGUAUGUAUUUGAAGGAAAAAGUUGGUUACGAGAAUUGGAAUAAAGCCUACCAUAACUAUACUCUUGUAUGGACACCAGACUCGAUUGAAAUGUUUGUUGAUGGUGAGAAGUACGGCGAGGUGGAUCCCGGUGAAGGCUUCUACCAAGAAGCUGUUAAGCAUCACGUUAGAGCAGCAUCCAGAUGGCUGAAAGGGUCCGCCAUGGCACCAUUUGAUGAAUUGUUCUAUAUAUCCCUCGGUCUUCGGGUUGGUGGGAUCAACGAGUUCCCGGACACAACGAAUAAGCCAUGGAAGAAUCGUUCAGCGAAGGCUGCACUCCAAUUCUGGAACCACCGCGACGAGUGGCUUCCCACUUGGUUCUCUGAUACCAGUCCUUUAAGCAUUGACUCUGUGAGGGUUUAUGCUCUAUAGUCCAGAAAUACUUGGGCAUUCUAAAUUUACUCAUAAAUUUUACUAUGACAAUUCCCUAUAACCUAAAACAUUUACAGAGUUUUCAGUCCCUGACACAGGUGAUAAAUUUUCUCGUGUAAGACUGACUAGUUUCCUCAUGAUGUUUUCGUCUAGUUAAGGGUCCGUUUUGAAUAAAAAACUAAGUCUUAUACAUAUUAAAAUAUGUUUAUGUGAAAAAAUAGGGUUUUUAACUUUAUAAAGGAAAGGAAUAAUUAUGAUACUUCGCAAUGUAACGUAUAAACUAGCAAAUGAUUAUAAUCGGCCGAAGACCAACUCUUUCCAUUUCAUAACCUCUUCGUCUUACGUAUUAUAAUGUAAAUAAAAAAAAUAUACAAGCUUACAAAAGCUUAUAAUCCACAAACAUUUAUAAAAACAAAAAAAAAACUAUUCAGAAACAGUAUUGUGUUAAUGCUGUUUAAGCUCGCAAGAAGCCACAUUCGUGUGAACAUAUUUUGUUUGUAAAUAAACUAUGAAGGUGAGAAUUCAUUGUUUCCUUUGGAGUUUUAAUAAAAUAUU